AUGCUGCUCUGCGCUACCCUCGCAACACUCCUCGCCUGCUCCGGCGUCGUCUCCGCCGCUCCGGCACCAGACACCGGAGGAACCGCCUCGAAUCUCGAUGCCUCCAGCAAGGCGUCUGUCCCGACCGUGGCGUACCAGGAGAUGUGCUACUUGACGUUGUUCGACGCCGAGGACAUCACGUCGCUCAAGUACGGCAAGGACACUCUCGCGCAGGACGAAAACGGCCAGGACGUCUACAUCAACGACGGCUACAAGAAGGACUCGAGCGGCAAGGAGUACUACUACGAAGAGGCGUGCUACCAGUCCAGCAAAGUCGACGGGAAGACUGAAUCGAACACGGUCGCCAGCUCGUCGACCACCGACAGCAGCCCGUUCAGCUCGCUCAUCGGUACCCUUGGACUCGACGACGGCGUCUCCGGCUUCCUCUCGGGGCUUACGAGCGGCGACAGCCUUGGCUUGAGAGGACUCGUCCGUUUCGUCAAGAGGCAGUUUGACAGCCAGACCAUCGGCGCCAUCCUCGGCCAACCCGCUGCCGCCGAGCCCGCCGCUUCCUCUUCCUCCUCCGCUGCGCCGCCCAUCGACAACGAAGACUCCGCAACCCCUUCCUCGCCCGACUACUUCGACGCCCCUUCUCCCACCCCGACUCCUACGCUUACCACCACCGCCACUCCCUCGCCUACCGCCAUCGACCCGCUCGAGAUCGCAAACGGAUUCGGCGGGAUUCAGUCUGUCGGGAACGCGUUGCCUGGACGGAUCGGGGCGAAGGAUAUCCUUGGGCCUGCGUUCUCGAGUGCGAAUGCGGCACCGACCACUGGUUUCGCUGCGACAUCGACGGACACGGGCGUUCAGGCGACGCAAGCAGCCCCGCAGCAGACCGAGACGCCUGACGCGCAACCUUCGACGUCCGCCUUCACGCCUGCUCCCGGUCCUCCUGGCUACCCUUCCGCCUUCACGCCAGCGGCAGGUCCUCCUGGGUCUCCGUCGUCUUUCACGCCUGCCGAUGGUCCGCCUUCAAUCGCUCCUACUGUCGCCGCCAACCCGGACGAUGCCGCUCAACCGACGCAGUUCCAGCCCGUCUCGUCGCCGCCUGUCGUCCAGGCGCCCGCUUCUACCUUUAGGCCCGCGGCUUCACCUCCGACGACCGACGUCGCAGCGCCGGCUACGACGCAGCAAGUCCAGCCCGCGCCUUCCUCGCCCGACGUCCAAACUGCCGCUCCUCCCGUCAACUCGGCUCCCAGCUUUCUCACUCCCGCCUCGAGCGUCGUCACUCCGACCGUUCUCUCGACGUCGUCACCCGUCGCAGCCGACACCCCGACGCCCGCCGCGACGUCCGCCCCGUCUUCCACCACCGUGGACACUCCCGCAUCGACCUCGACUGUCCCGCUGAGGAUCUACGUCGCCGCCGCCUCUCCCACGUCGUCCAGCGUCGAUGCGACGUCGUCUACGACCGAUUCGCUCACCGUCGUCAGCCUCGCGCCGACUGCUGUGCCCGCCCAGUCUGCCUGA